AUGAACUUUGGCGGUGGGGAUGGUGUCACCGUCAACACGGAGGCGUUCGAGAGAGCUGUCUACGCAAUCUCGAAGAUUUCUAAGAAUAGAGGUGGGCAUCUUAUUGUGCCUCCUGUUAAAGGCCUCUGCUUCCUCCUCUACCUUCAUACGGCUAUGGAAAAGAGCUUUAUGGACCUCGUUAUGGUAGUUUCAUUCAUGGGCAGAAUCUCAAAGAUGUCGUUGUCACAGAUGGAGUUUCGCAGUUACAGUCUCUUCCCGGUGGAGAUAUUAAGCUCUUGUGUGAUACUGUUGUGGAGAGUGAGAGACUUGACUGGAUACGACCGUGUGAUGGUGUACAAGUUUCACGAAGACAAGCAUGGAGAAGUUGUUGCGGGGAGUAGAGGAGAGGAUUUAGAGCCUUACAUUGCAUUAUCCAGCGACUGA